AGAAUGAGGCAGAGGAAGCAACGACACAAGGUAGCGUCGGUUUACAGUUCUGCCUGGCGAACUGGCAGUGAAUUUGGGGUAGCGACGGAUUUGACCAGGUAGAUGGCAACUGAGAUAUGAAUGUCGAAUUGGCAAGUCAGUCAGUUGAACCUUGAGGAUUAGGAAUGAAUAAACAGAGUUCAAAUUGGUGAUAAUUUGAACUGCAAAUGGUCGAAUCAUGAGGAUCCCAUGUACUCGAAAGUCCGUGAACAUGGUCGUAAACAAAGGCUCCUGGACUCUCUCUCCUGGCUGCUGUCAGUUUUCCUGCCAUGGUCGUAAGAACAUUUUCCUGCAUUCUGUAUGUUGUUUUUAAUUUGGAAGCUUACAAUGGCACCGAAGAGGCUUACUCAUGAUGAAAAUAAGUCUAAAAGUGAGUCACAGCCCUCCACUAGUGGAUUCACAGGAAUCACUCCAGGAGACUAGUAUCAUACAUUUUCCUGGAUGGUGACUCAUCCUCUGAUGAAUAACAUUCCUUCUCCCCACCCUUCUCCCAUCUUCUAUGUUAUCUAUCAGCAGCCUUCAUUUACAGAAGUACAAAUUAAAAUAAUGAAAAUAAUUACCAAAGUACAUGAGACUUACUGUAGGUCAGUUGAAAUGUGCUUCAAAUUUUAUGAAGCAAAUCACUUCUGCUGAAGGGGAGCAUUCACAUGAGAUACGCUGUACAUCACCACACCGACAGACUUUGAAUGAGAAACUGGAACAUCUUAUAUAUUCUUAAUAAUAAAACCCCCAUUGGCUUUGUGUAAAGGGAGGAGCAGAGGGCAUGUUAAUGCUCCCCUUCAGCAGAAGUGAUUUGCUUCAUAAAAUCUGAAGCACAUUUCAACUGACCUAUGGUAAGUCUCAUGUACUUUAUCAAUUUUACUUCAGCAAAUUGAUAAAGUACAGACUUACCAUAGGUUAGUUGAAAUGUGCUUCUAAUUUUAUGAAGGAAAUCAUGUCUGCUGAAGGGAGCUGUCACAUGAGAUAUGCCAUGUCACCCUGUGCUGCCAGACUUUAAAGUAUAUGACCAGCCUCAUAGCAAAAAUUUUUUCGUUAAUGACAAUGUAUAUCUUUUUUCGCAAGGGUGGGAGAGGAGGGCAUGUGAAAGCUCCCUUCGGCAGACGUGAUUUGCUUCAUAAAAUUAGAAGCACAUUUCAACUAACCUAUGGUAAGUCUCAUGUAUUUUAUCAAUUUUACUUCAGCAAAUCACUUUUCUGCUGAAGUACACUUCCCCACGAACUUUAAAAGCCAUGUGUAUAUUUGUCUGUUUGUGUUUAGUGGUUUAUCAUAUUUAUUAAUCGCUGGUUAAAUAAAACUUGGAAGUGCAUGAAUACUAUUUAUUAUGCCAAAUUGUAAAUUAUUGUGAUCAGAAUCAUUAUGUGUUACCUUAUGUAUUACCUAAUACAGCUUCUUGGAAUUGAUCGUUGCUUUGGGUUAUGAUUUUGCCAUAGUGUUUGGCAAAUGUGGACAACCUUGACCAUCCAGCCUUUGCCAUGAUGUGGGUCAUCAGAACAGCCAUAGCCUUGGCAUUUAAUGUUGCAGCUGGACAUAUGCUGCCAGCUGCAUAUUUUGUAGUGUCCACUCUAUACAUAUUAAGUACCUUCUUGAUCCAUCUUUCAAUUGUGUCUAGAUACAUUUUUAUGUGGUUUGAUAAAACUAACAAGUAUUUUCCUGUCUUCCAGUGCAAGCUCACUUCUCAAAUGUUCAGUCUGUUCGAGAUACAUUUUCAUAGUUUCAUAUACAUACAAACUUUUAUCCCUUUCAUAAGCUGGAAACUUAAUAAACUGAACAUUAAAUUUUAGCCUGCAUUGCUAAAUAUUACUUCCUAACCAAACACAAAUAGAAUCCUUGCUAAUGAUAAUAUCCUUAAGAAUUAAUAAAUAUAAAGUUUGCAUCCUGGCUGCUUGCAUAAGUGCCAUUAACAUAACUAACUUUAGUGCCAGCUCUUUCAAGGAAAGAGUGUGUAAAGGGCUCAUACUCCUCAAUUUUUGUAGCACUGUCAUAACAUACCAGGGCUCUUUAUACCUGGGUUUUGGUGGUCUCAAGUUGAAUACCCCUCGUAGAAACCUAUUGACAUGUGGAUGGUUUCCUUCUUUGCAAUCAUCCACAACUAUCCCCAGUGUUCACACAUUCAUAGCCCACACCUCUGUGAAAAGUUACAGAUUAAAAAUGUGCAGUAUCACCUACAGUUGGAUUAAGGGGAUCAAUGUCUUCAUCACAAAAUUGUGUCCACCUCUUAACAUGUGAUCGGUAUUGUUUCUCAGUUCCUGGUAUCCAUGAUGCCAUGAUAAUGUUCAUACCUGCUGAAGAUAUGCUUCAUUCUCGCAAUUUUUUCCCGACAACAUGCCUGCCAUUAGUUUGGUGUGCCUUAUGAUGGGGUGUUCUUCUGUUGAUAGUGGAUGCCAGAAGGCAUUCUUUGUCUUUGUUAUGAGCCAUGGGUUUUUGAUGAUCAUCCUGAGUAAUGCGGCUAUUACACGGGCAUGUUUUGCCUGAGCACAGCACGUUCCAUGAGCAUAAAUUUCACGAGCUGCUCAUGCAGUUAAUUACACGGUAGGGGCUAUGCUCAGCCAUUUCGUCAGCAAUUUCUGGGUUUACAACGAGGCCCUAUUGUUUUGUGAUCAGCUGCUAGCCACACCAGGCGAAAUUCUUCUUCAUUAAUGCCUCCUUACAUUUAUACAAGAGAGCAGAUGACACGGAUGGCUAUGGCCUUGGUUGUCAUCGCCAUGGCUGAGUACAAGGAGUCUGCAGGUGGUGGAAAAAACAGGAAGAAGAGGAAAAUAUGGACUCGACCAUGGCUGGCACAACGUGUAGAAGGAAGCCAGUACAACAACCUCAUUCAAGAACUGGCACUUGAAGACCAAGAUAGAUACAAAAAUUGGAUGCGGCUGGACAGAAACCAGUUUCUGGAGGUGUUGGAGCUGAUAAAACCUGCCAUCGCAAAACAAGACAUCAAAAUGAGAGCUGCAGUUCUCCCACAGGAUAGACUGGCCAUCACACUGCAUCACUUAGCUACAGGAAAAUCACCAGCAUUCUCUCAGCUACCAGUUCAGUGUCAGCCAGUGCCUGAUGUCCUCAAUCAUCCCAACUGUGUGUUCUGCCAUCUACGCAGCCCUUCAGCCAAGCUACCUGAGCGUCCCUUCCACACAAGAAGCAUGGAAGAAAGUUGCUGCAGAUUUUUUUAGAGUGUGGAACUAUCCAUCAUGUAUUGGUGCCCUUGAUGGAAAAAGAAUAUUGAUUGCAUAACCAAACAACAGUGGAUCAGAUUUCUAUGAUUAUAAGGGCCACUAUAGUAUAGUGUUGAUGGCAUUAAUUGAUGCAGAUUAUAAGUUUUCAUAUUGUGAUGUAGGGACCAACAGGAGAGCCAGUGAUGGGGGAGUUUGGCAGAAAUGCACUCUAAACAAAGCUCUCGAAGACAAACAACUGAACGUUCCCAAUCCUCAGAACAUUCCUUACACAGAAAAAGUGGCUCCAUAUGUCAUUGUUGCAGAUGAUGUUUUUCCCUUAAAGGUAUGGAUGAUGAAGCCAUUCAAGGGAAAUUAUUUGCCAUAUGACAAACUCAUUUACAACUAUAGGCAUUCUAGAGCCAGAAGGGUGUCUGAAAAUGCAUUUGGAAUACUAGUAAGCCACUUUUAAGUAUUCAGGCAACCUAUUAGAACAUCUCCAGAAAAUGUAAGAAAAGUUACACUUGCAGCUCUGGUCCUUCACAACUAUUUGCGGCAAAAUUCAGGUUGCAAUGACAUUCCACCUGAAAUGCUUGAUAGGGAGGAUACCAAUAAUGGAAGAAUAGUUGCAGGAGAAUGGCGGAACAAUGCAGGUAAUGGUUGGGAAGAAUUGCAAGUUCCAGGGCGAAGGGCUACACAGGAAGCUGUAGCUGUUCGUGAUAUGUUUUGCAGUUACUUCAAUAAUGAAGGAAAAAUUGCUGGCCAGGAUGCUAUGGUUUUCAGACAUUAAGCAUAUCUAGUAAAUGGGCAAAGAAAAGCUCAAAAUGGAAUAACUUGGUUUUUGCAGAAUAAAGGUUCAAGAGUUUCAUGUUAUUAUUUUUUUUUUCACUGUAAGAAAGAAUGUUAUGAAAUUAAAUAGAUGUUGGAAUAUUAAAGUUGUACAUGAGCUAAAAUUCAAACAAGGAUUUAUUUAAUGUAUCAUCAAUGUAAAUUGUAUAUAGAUACUCUCACCAUACAUCACACCAACUUCCUCUUAGUUUUGUUAUGAUAUUAACAAGAACUUCUACCAGCUUCUAUAUGAAAUAAAAAUUAGAUAUACUUAUAAUUUUAAGAAGUAGGUAAAAUAAACUCUAACCACAAUC